UGUGUUGCAUGGCUUAUUAUUGUCACAAAGAGCCAAUUGAGGGAUUGAAGAGAGGACCACACACAAGCCCUCAACAGUUGGUUGUGUUGUUGUGUUGUUCUGAAUUAGAUUGCAAAGAGUAGAGUAGCAGUAAUUGGUGAUUGCAAGCAAGCAAGUAACCAUGAAACGCUUAAGCAAAGUCGCCGGAAGCUUUCGGAUGAGUGGCAGUGGCCCAUCGUUGGACGAUGCGACGGCUUCUAGCAGCACUACCGGUACGGCCAGUCAGAACAACAGCAACAAUACCAGUAAGAAUACUAUCAAUAAGACGGGAGAGAAGAAGCUUCCCGACAUGGAUGUGCAACUGUCCUCCAAGGCCGCCAAAUCGAAUCGUCGCAUGAGUGCAUCUCUGAAGGAAUGGUCGACUCGAAGCAUGCUAUUGGAUGACAAUAACAGCCAGCCAGAACAAAUAAUGAGUACUUCGUGGAAAGAACCGUCGACUCGAACCGCCAACAAUAGCAACAACAACAAGACAACUGCAACGACUGCUUCACGUCGACAACGAAGAAAUCGAAGAGCCACGACGGGCGGUGCAGACAAUACACUAUUGCCAGCACUGGAGCCGGCCAAGAAGAAUACCAAGAAGAUCAGUUCGGCAGCCGCCACUACUAUUCAGGAAGAAGACGAAGUAGAGUGUGAUCCCAACCAACCAAGCGAAAAACCACAAACUGCCAAUAGCAAGAAAGCAAACCAGAGUCCACCUACUGGUAGAAAACCUUUGGCAAGGGGUGCUUUGGGAUCCAAUAAUAAGAGAUCUUCCAUGCCCAAUCUCGCAUCUUCUUCUUUGCCAAUCACAACCACAAAACCAAAGAAACCUGCCAGCACAACAGCAACAGCAGCAGCAACAGCAACCAAAAAGACAAAGAAACAACCACAACCACCAGCCAAACCAAAAGGAGAGAAACAAGAAACAGAGAACACUACAGAGAACAGUGCAAUACCUACUUCUACUACAACCACCACAACCAACAAGAAGCAGAAGAAACAACCACAACAAUCUUCAUCAUCAUCAUCUUCAUCACCCAAACCAACCAGAGUCCGACCACGACGACAUCGAUCGUCUUCGCUCUCCGAUUUGAACGUGCCACUGCAAGAACGUCAAAAUCGACAGACAGAAGCAGAAGAUGACGAUGUCUUUCAAGACGACUCGGUCAGUAGCAACAGUACUCUCAGUAGUAGUCACACCGACGACCCACCACCUCAAGGACUAUUGGUCCGAGACACCAAUGCCGCCUUGGAACGCAUCCAGGCUCGCAAUGUCGCACGAAAACAAUUGCGACAGACCCAAAAACAAAAGAAUGCUCAAAAGAAAAAGCAAGCACGUCAACAAGUGCAAUCGAUGGAUCCAAGUUUACAAAAGUUGUUGUUGGUGCAGACGGCUGCGACAAAAAACGCAAAGCCUGACACGGAAAAGGAGGAAACCAAGAUUUUCUCACCGCCAACGACCAACGCCAAGAAAGACGAGCCAAAGGUGCCUGCAACAGCUAUUACGGAUCCGACUGGCAGCGCUACUGGUAACGCAACCGACAAGGACGUGGUUGUGGUGGAUGAUCAGGACCCAAAAACCACCACCGUCAAAUCAACGACGACGACUGAACCAAACAAUAAUAAAGAUGAUACAACCCAUGAUGCGACGUCGAAUGGAGAACAAAAAAGGAUGUCCCGACCCACCAAAGCACGUCCGACACGACAACGAUCUAGGUCGCUCACGAGUAUGGGACGACCACUCCGAAGCGGCACGAAACGACCAACCAACAACAACAAACGACGCAGCAAUUCCAAUAAAAAAGACGACGACAACAACAACAAAACGACCAUUACCCAUGAUCCGUUGCCCGUGCUCCACUUGGUGGAUGCAGCGCCGCAAGUGCCAACCAAAAAGAGGCAUUCCUUCUUUUUCGAUGAUCUCUAUCACGACAAUGAUCCCCAACGAAAAUUGGAUCUCACGGAAAUCGAAAUGACAGUAGCAAAACUACAAGACAAGGUCCAAAAACAACAACAGCAAUUAGAAGAAACACAACAGGCCGAACAAGAUCAACUCGCCGAAGAAGCGGCCAAAGUGGCGGCACUCAAGGAACGCUUUACUGCCGCCAACACUGCCAACGCGAAUAAUAAUACAGAAGAUCUGUCCAAUGCUGUGCAACAGAGCAAGGAUAUUAUUGCCCAUCUCAAACAACAGAAUGCCACACGACGAAAAGAAAACAAAACGCUCAAAGUCAAUCUCUUUGAUAUGCAUCAAAAAACAAUGAUGUUGGAAAAGGAAACGCAGUACAUUUGGAACGGUGUACAGGAAUUGGAAGAAGUUCAUCUCCAACACGAAUCGGAAAAGAACGAAGCCUUGUACGGAAAGUUGGCCACGUGUCGACGAGGAUACGACCGGUUGCGCGACGAACUGGAACGGUGGACGUAUGCGGGGAUUGCCGAACAUCGGAUCGCUCAACGAUAUCAAGAGACGGUCGAUGCCAUUCGACAAAUGUUUCAACAACAACAGGAAUCUGCUGCUACUAGUACUAGUGUUGAUCAUGACUUGAUGGCGGCAAUUUUCUUGGACGACGACGACGACGUGCCGCCAUCCACAGUGGUAGUGGAGAAGAACGCGAGUGCAAAGUCAAAGAAGAAGAAAAAGCUGACAAAGCGAACGUCGGCAGUUUUUUGAACGCGUUUUCAAACUACAGACGGUACGACCUACCACCACGACCAACCGACAGCGUGUCGCCUUUAGCCACUUGC